GCACCCGGAAAUGGCCUACCCAAAAAUAACGUGUUUGAGUGGGACCUCCCGCGCCGGAACAGUGGCGCUCAGUCAGACAGGCUCUUGUAACUCGUCCAUCCAAAAACAUGGCGAACGACUCAAUUGAUAGUUUAAUUCUCAAACUCCACGACGUCGACGCGGUGAAAUUCGGGGAGUACAAGCUGAAGAGCGGCAUGUUGACGCCGAUCUACAUCGAUUUGAGAGUUCUCGUCUCCUACCCGUCCCUGAUGAACCAGGUGUCAAGCCUCAUUUACCAGCGUGCACAAGAAGAGGAGCUAAAAUUUGACUCUGUGUGCGGGGUGCCCUACACAGCUCUGCCCUUGGCCACAAUUAUCUGCUCCAGAAAUGAACUGCCCAUGCUGAUCAGACGAAAAGAGACCAAGGACUAUGGAACCAAGCGGCAGGUGGAGGGGAAAGUUAGAGAAGGUGAGACGUGUUUGAUCAUCGAGGACACGGUGACCAGCGGCACCAGCAUCUUGGAGACCGCUGAGGUGCUCUACAAGGAGGGACUGAAGGUGACAGAUGCCAUCGUGCUAAUGGACAGAGAACAGGGCGGUGUGGAGAUGUUGGCCUCUCAGGGAAUCAGACUCCAUCCAAUCAUCUCCAUGUUCAAACUGCUCAACGUGCUGCUGGCAGCCGAACGCAUCAACGACCAAACCGCCCAGAGCGUCCGCAAGUUCAUCCUGGACAACAACACUUUCCGCUCUAAGGUUAAGAAUGGGGAUGGCUCUCCUGUCUCCAAGAAACCAUGUAAGGAACAGAGCCAGGAGCUGAGCUAUGGAGCCAGAGCCAAACUACCAAACGUCCACCCUUUGGCAUCGAAGCUGCUCAGGAUCAUGGAGGAGAAGCAGUCCAACCUCUGUGUGUCUGCUGAUGUGACCAGCAGUGAGGAGCUGCUUCAGCUGGCCGACUCCCUGGGUCCAAAGAUCUGCCUGUUGAAGACUCAUGUGGACAUCGUAAACGACUACACUCCAGCCCUAAGCCAGGAACUGAAGGCCCUGGCGGAGAAACACAACUUCCUCAUCUUUGAGGACCGCAAGUUUGCUGACAUUGGCAACACGGUGAAGCACCAGUAUGAAGGAGGAGUGUACCAGAUCUCAUCGUGGUCCCACAUAGUGAAUGCCCAUGUGGUGCCAGGGCCUGGGGUGUUGAAGGGUCUUAGUGCUGUGGGCCAGCCGCUGGGCCGAGGCUGUCUGCUCAUAGCACAGAUGAGCUCUCAGGGGUCGCUGGCUACUGGCGAGUACACACAGACCGCGGUGAAAAUGGCAGAAGAGCAAUCAGACUUUGUGAUUGGCUUUAUCUGUGGCUCCAAGAUCAGCAAGAAGCCAGAGUUCAUCCACAUGACGCCCGGAGUGCAGAUGCAGGCUGGAGGUGAUGGGUUGGGUCAACAAUACAGCAGCCCUGAGGACGUUAUCUGCAACAAAGGCUCUGAUGUCAUCAUUGUGGGACGGGGUGUCCUGGGGGCCUCAGAUAGGCUGGAGGCCGCUGAGUCAUACAGGAAGUCAGGCUGGGAGGCCUACACCAAGAGAAUGGGCCAGACUGGCCAAUAGGAGAUAUCAACGAUUUGUGCAUUAUUCAUUAUAAUUGCAUAUUCUUACUGAAACUCUCCUAUUUACUUUGCAUAGUGGUUUUUAUAUUUCCCAGUAUUACCAGGAUGAACAGAGAUGAAUACAUAUACGUGUAUAUGUGAACACCAGAUUACCACAUCAAAUGUCACUCCUGCAUCUGCACAAAUAGAGUUUUUACAAUUCCAGGGGUUACCUAGCACAUAACUAUUGAACACAGGUGUGUGUGUCUUGAUUCCCUCCGUUUAAUGAGCUGCUCAGACUGUCCGGACUUCUAACAUUCUGCUAAGACACAUAACACCCGGCUUGAAUUGUCACUUGAAAAUGUUUUUCAGUAUUUAUAUUACACAAUGAUUGCAUGUGGAUCCAUUUAUACCUACAAAUAGCGAUAAACAUCACUCAUAUAGUUUUUAUUGUAUUUUUUUUUUUUCCUUUUUAGUUGCUAGACUUUCUGAUGUUUAUUUUACAAAUUUUAGGAAUGGGUUAGACAGUCACAUUGCUGAUUGACCUCAUUUCAAAGCUAGGCCACGAUUCAGACCAAAAGUAAUAGAGAAAAUACUAGUAUAACUGAUAAAUUUCACUAACUGAAUAGUGUUGGAGUUGAAAUUCAGGGCAUCUAUCAGCCAGACUUGGGAUGGAUGGUGAUGAACACAAGCUUUUGAUAAAAGUUAGAAAUCAGUAUUAAAUGACCAUUUUUGUUAGACCAGAUUAUAAAGGGACCAUUACAAACCUGGUCAGUUGCAGAUCAGUAAAUGGGAAAUUGGUUUUGAGUAAUAUUUGGACCUCAGGCCAUAACUUAUCAAGAAUGUGGAAUGGGGAAAAAAAAAACUUGAGUAUGUCAGGCACAAAAUGUUGGCCUUAGUUCUUCCGUCUUAAAAUGGGUUGCCCUGGAAAGAAUGUGAAAUGUUCCUAAAACAUUGUGGACCAUCUCAACAGUGGAUGAAUUCAGUAAUAUGUUUACAGUAUUUCAUCUGCUCUACUCCACUGUAAAUGCUUAAUAAUGCUUCCAAAUCAGUACUCGUCCUGACCUGGCUUGAUAAAGGCCAGUAUCUGCUCGUCCACAUUGCUAACGAUUACAUAUCCAGGUUUGAGACCAGUGCUUGAGUAAUAACAAGUCAAAAAAAUUGUGAUAUGACUACUUCUGCAGAACUAUGUAGAAGUUGUUCCAUAUCAUGUGUUUAUUGUGCACCUAUCUGCCACUGCUGCUGCUUUAUAGGUUAACUACAACUGAUUAGGCACAUUAUAAUACAGAACCUGUCUCUUUAUCAACAGAGAGCUUUGUUUGUUGUUUGUGAUGGCUCAGAGGUAAACAGUGUAUCUUGGGGGCGAGGCAGUUGUGCAGCUGUGUACUCAUACACACAUUAAAAGAGGUGGAGCUUCUGCAGUGGGUGCAUCUGUUGAUUAGCGGCCUGCCCUUAUUCUAAUCAAUUUAAUGAACACAAGUUGUGUUUUCUUUUACAGGGACAUUUAUCAGUAAUUUCCUUCCACUUUCAGUUUCAUUAUAUGACCAUUUAAGAUGCUUUUUUUUUUCAGAAUGAGAAUAUCUUGUAAUUAAUCCAAUAAAUCUAAUUUGUUGCACUAAUUUUCUCUCAGGUUUAUUGCCAAAUAUUUCUAGACUGUAUAUGAUAAAAAAAAACACUUGAAACACUACUCUUUUGUAGAUCCUUUGUAUUACGUUGUUUUCCACUACAGUUUUAACUCUAUGUCCUUAUUCCACUCUGCUACUGUACUGUAUGAGGCCAGUAUUUUUGAAUGCAUGACAGGAUUAGGGGUUCUGUCAUUGGACAGUAGGGCAGAGAGGGACUUGACCUAUGAACUGAUGAAGCUGGAAAUAUUUUACCAACAUGUAAAGGGACUAUGAAAUAAACUCAUACCUUAGUGGUAAUAAUAUUUGGUGACUUCUUUUGGUGGCUUAAUUUUGAGUUGGUUUGCCUUUUGUCUUCGCUCAAUUCAAGGUUCAAAUCUUUCCAUGUUUCAAAGCCUAGUUUGUGUAGCCUACUUAAGAUACAAUUU